UUUAAACCAAAUAUCUGUAGUGUCUAUAAUUCUAUUAAUUCUUCUCCUACAGGCAUUUGUUAAGGAUGUGCAUGAAGACUCCAUAACAGUUGCAUUUGAAAACAACUGGCAGCCAGAGAGACAAAUUCCAUUCCAUGAUGUGAGGUUUCCUCCACCUACAGGUUAUAAUAAAGAUAUAAAUGAAAGUGAUGAAGUAGAGGUUUAUUCCAGAGCCAACGAAAAAGAACCAUGUUGCUGGUGGCUAGCUAAAGUGAGAAUGAUAAAGGGUGAGUUUUAUGUAAUAGAAUAUGCAGCCUGUGAUGCUACAUACAAUGAAAUUGUCACAAUUGAGCGUUUAAGAUCUGUGAAUCCCAACAAACCUGCAACAAAAGAUACUUUUCACAAGAUCAAACUGGAAGUGCCAGAAGAUUUAAGGCAAAUGUGUGCCAAAGAAUCGGCUCAUAAGGACUUCAAAAAGGCAGUUGGAGCAUUUUCUGUAACAUACGAUUCUGAAAAUCAUCAACUUAUCAUUUUGUCAAUUAAUGAUGUUACAACAAAGCGAGCGAAUAUGCUUAUCGAUAUGCACUUUCGAAGUCUUCGUACCAAGUUAUCUCUGAUAUUGAGGAAUGAAGAAGCUAGUAAACAGCUGGAGAGCUCGAGGCAGCUUGCAUCACGAUUUCAUGAACAGUUUGUUGUACGUGAAGACCUAAUGGGUCUGGCCAUUGGCACUCAUGGUGCUAAUAUUCAGCAAGCCAGAAAAGUACCUGGUGUGACUGCUAUUGAUCUUGAUGAAGACACCUGUACAUUCCAUAUUUAUGGAGAGGACCAAGAUGCAGUAAAAAAGGCUAGAAGCUACCUAGAAUUUGCUGAAGAUGUCAUACAAGUCCCAAGAAAUUUAGUAGGAAAAGUAAUAGGAAAAAAUGGAAAACUGAUACAGGAGAUAGUGGACAAAUCGGGUGUUGUGAGAGUGAGAAUUGAGGCUGAAAAUGAUAAGAAUAUUCCACAAGAAGAGGGAAUGGUACCAUUUGUGUUCGUGGGAACCAAGGACAGCAUCACUAACGCAACUGUGCUUUUGGAUUAUCACCUUAAUUAUUUAAAGGAGGUGGACCAACUACGUUUGGAAAGAUUGCAAAUUGAUGAGCAACUCCGACAGAUUGGAGCUACUUCUAGACCACCACCAAAUCGUACUGAUAAAGAAAAAGGGUAUAUGACUGAUGAUGGUCCAGGACUUGGACGGGGUAGUCGACCCUAUAGAAACAGAGGACACAGCAGACGUGGUCCAGGCUAUGCUUCAGGAACCAACUCUGAAGCAUCAAACGCUUCUGAAACAGAAUCUGAUCAUAGGGAUGAGCUUAGUGAUUGGUCAUUAGCCCCAGCAGAAGAAGAACGGGACAAUUACCUUCGCAGAGGAGAUGGGCGAAGACGUGGAGGUGGUGCACGAGGCCAAGGGGGCAGGGGUCGUGGAGGUUUCAAAGGAAACGACGAACAGUCUCGAACAGAUAACCGUCAGCGUAACUCUAGAGAUACUAAAGGGAGAACAGCAGAUGGAUCACUUCAGAUCAGAAUUGACUGCAAUAAUGAAAGGAGUGUCCACACUAAAACAUUACAGAAUACCUCCAGUGAAGGUAGUCGGAUGCGCACGGGUAAAGAUCGUAAUCCGAAGAAAGAGAAAUCGGACAGCGGGGAUGGUCAGCAACCGUUGGUGAAUGGAGUACCCUAAACUGCAUAAUACUUAAAGUCAUAUUUCCUAUACUGUUUCAGUAAUUCUUAUUCCACAUUAGAGAAACUUGUUAGGCCAAAGACGAAUAGCAGGCAAGAUGGCGCAGGGCAUGAAGUGAACAUAAAAGUUCUGUUAGCCUUUUUUAACAUCACCAGUAUGCAGUUGUUUUCAGAAUAAGAAGUUAUUCAAAUAUUUGCAUAAAAAUAUCUGAAUUUCUGAAAAAUGCUUUCAAGUACGUAUUGCACUUCAAACAAUGAAAGAUUCUUUUUUGUUUGUUUUAAAAAUACUGAGCUGUGCAUUGGUAUACUUUCUGUUCAGUUGUACCAUUUUAAUGCAUCGGGUCAAAAUCACUGCUCAAUUUCAAUUUUCAGAAUAAAUAGUGUUUGCAGUAAUCAAAUUGGGCUUCUGUUUUCAAUCUAACUUACAAGUUCUUCAUAAAAUGCUAUGUUGUUUUAUGUCCUGUGUCAGUUCACGUUUUGGUCCACUUUUUCAGUAUUUUAGUGGACCCUGAAAUAUGUGUGAUGUAACAAUUGUCAUUUUCAUUAGCAAAAAAGUUGUAUGAUCUGUGCCUUUUUUAUAUCUUGGCAGGUAGGAAUACUAUAUUUGGAUGCAGAAAUCAGGGAAGAUGAGUUGGAAACACUAAAUGUAAAAUAUAUGUAGCAAACCUUGUCAGACAUUAGUACUUUAUAGAAGAGUGCAUGCUUUCCAUAAUUUUUUCCUUACAUAAACAUCUGGUUAGGCAGUUAUAAGAAUAGGAAAUUUAUUUUGCACUGAAGAUUUGGCGAAUAGUGUUAUUGAGACAAGGGUGUAAUUUUUUUUUCUUCGUAGUCAGUACAGAAGUUUUUAAAAAAAAUCUUUCCAUUUGUGGAAAACUAAAAAAUUCAUCAUUACUGAGGGAACAAAUGUAACUUGUUCACAAGAUAGUAGUGUGUGCCUGCUAUUUGGCCAGAUGACCAGUUAAAAAUGCUAACCUGUUUCAUCUUCCCACGUGUUUAAAAGUUUAAUUUUGGGGCUUAUCUCAGGGGAGAUAGGAAGAAACUUACCAUGUGUGAUACCCUGUAAGGUGCAGGUGUAGUGUAGCUAGGUAACAUUGGAGGCAGGAUAAAUUCAUCAUAAUUUUUGAGGUACAAGCUCUGAUUCAGAAGCUAGUUGAAAGGUGUCGCAGAACUUGUUACGAAGUACAGUAGUACACCAGGAAGUAGGGGGUAGAAUUUAGAAUUGUCCUUUUUUUUCCCUUUAUUUCUGAUCAUGAAUUGAAAUUUAUUGGGCAAAACUGUGUGAGGACCUUCAUUUUAAUCCAUUUUAUUAAAAUUACUCCAAUAGGAGAGCCACUGAUUAUGUACAGAACUGUACAAACCUGACCUUGCCUCUGAUGUAUUUUGUGAGUUUUGUUUCUUUGCUUUUUUUCCUUUGUUUUUUUUUUCCUUGCAUACAAGUGAGCAUAUAAAAAUGGCAACAAACUGCACAUGAUAUAACAAAUAUAAAAAUGUCUUAAAGUAUUGCCAAACAUUAAUGUUGAUUUCUAGUUAUUUAUUUUGGGAAUGUAUAGUAUUUGAAAACAGAAAUUGGUACCUUGCACACAUCAUCUGUAAGCUGUUUGGUUUAAAAUACUGUAGAUAAUUAACCAAGGUAGACUGACCUUGUAAUGUAACUGCUCUUGGGCAAUAUUCUCUGUACAUAUUAGCUACAACAGAUUGGAUUUUAUGUUGACAUUUGUUUGGUUAUAGUGCAAUAUAUUUUGUAUGCAAGCAGUUUCAAUAAAGUUUGAUCUUCCUCUGCUAA